CCCUACGGGCCACGGCCAAACCGUACGACCAACAUCCACAUCACGGUCAAACGAGACCUUCCCACCCCGGAGCGGAACAGUGGUACCAGCCGUGACGGUGGGCGCAGGAACUGGUUCAAGAUCACCAUCCCAUACGGGAAGAAAUACGACAAGUCGUGGCUGCUGAGCUCCAUCCAGAACCUUUGCAGCGUCCCCUUCACUCCUGUCGAGUUCCACUACGACCACAACCGGGCCCAGUUCUACGUGGAGGAUGCCACCACUGCCAGCGCCCUCAAGCAGGUCUCCCGUAAAAUCACCGACAGGGACAACUACAAGGUGGUGAUAGUUAUCAACGCAUCAGCUCCUCCUCAGUCCUUGCAGAACGAGCUGAAACCGGAGGAGAUUGAGCAACUGAAGCUCUGCAUGAGUAAGAGGUAUGAUGGUUCUCAGCGAGCUUUGGACCUCAAGAGCCUCCGCGUCGACCCAGAUUUGGUGUCACAGAGCAUUGACGUGGUGCUGAACCAGCGGAGCUGCAUGCUGGUCGUGCUGCGCAUCAUCGAAGACAACAUCCCUGAGCUGCAAUCCCUGAACCUGAGCAGCAACAAGCUCUACCGCCUGGACGACCUGUCCGAGCUGGCACAGAAAGCCGCCGGCCUCAAGAUCCUCGACCUCUCUCGCAAUGAGCUGAAAUCAGACCGGGAGCUUGACAAAGUGAAGGGGCUCAAACUAGAGGAGCUUUGGCUUGAUGGAAAUCCACUCUGCGACGCUUUCCGGGACCAGUCCACUUAG